CCGGACUCAGACAGGGAGCGAGGUCAGACCCUCCGCAUCACUGGACGGACUUAAAUCCACCGCGCCGUCUCCUUGCCGGGUGCAUCCGCCGUGAUUAUGAUCAAGAAGAUGUCUCCUUCGGAGAACGAGUUUGACAUUCCGGCCAAGAACUGCCACCGGAUGGUGAUUCUGGGCUCCACCAAAGUUGGGAAGACCGCCGUCAUCUCUCGUUUUUUGAACGGGAGGUUUGACGACCAGUACACGCCAACUAUCGAAGACUUCCACAGGAAAUUCUACAGCAUCAGGGGGGACGUUUACCAGCUGGACAUCCUGGACACAUCUGGAAAUCACCCCUUCCCUGCGAUGAGGAGGCUUUCAAUUCUCACUGGCGAUGUGUUCAUCUUGGUGUUCAGCCUGGACAGCAGAGACUCCUUCCAGGAGGUGCAGCGCCUGAAGCGCCAGAUCUACGAGACCAAGUCCUGCCUGCGGAACAAAACCAAGGAAAACGUGGACGUCCCGCUCGUCAUCUGCGGCAACAAGUGCGACCGGGACUUUUACCGCGAGGUGCAGGAGGAAGAAAUCGAGCAGCUGGUCGGCGGGGACGAGCAUUGCGCGUACUUUGAAAUCUCCGCCAAAAAGAACACCAACGUGGACCAGAUGUUCCAGACUCUCUUCACCAUGGCCAAGCUGCCGAACGAAAUGAGCCCCGACCGGCACUGCAAAGUUUCCCUGCAGUACUGCGACGUGCUCCACAGAAAGUCCUUCAGAGGCAAGAAGUGCAAGGACGGGGCCGCGUACGGAGUGGUGGCGCCGUUCGCGCGGAGACCGAGCGUGCACAGUGACUUGAUGUACAUCAAGGAGAAAGCAGUCGGCGGCAGCCAGACCAAAGAGAAAGGCUGCAUCAUAUGCUGACACUGAAGAGUGAAAAAAAAAAAAAAAGACUUGCUCGGAUACUCACCAGCCUGCCUGCCUACAGGGAGCAUCAGUCUGUAAAGUUUAGACUGCAGAGCUGCGCCUCACUGAGACCAGAAGCUGCUCGGCCCUCAGGGGCGAAGCUUCCCCAGUCUGGUGCAGCAAGAGGCUCUGAGAGCAGCACUCAACUCAAGAAUGUUUACAUUUGUUUCGUUUUUUUUCCAAGAUGUCAUGGAACUUGAAUGUUUGUUGCAUUGCGAACAAAUUUAUCUCUACAUGUGUAUUUAUUAUGUUGAAGUCAUACUUUUUUUUCCAUAAGAUGAGAA